AUGCUACCAGGGCAGUGCAGCCACGUCUUCCCUCCCCAGCUUGGCACACUGCAGAUCAUUCACGGCAACGGCACGGCCGUGGGGACGGUGAUAACGUUCCAGUGCUCUGCCGAGCACCAGCUGGAGGGACCAGGCGUCAUCACCUGCAUUUGGAAAGGGAACGGUACCCAGUGGACAGCCGGAGUGCCCUCCUGCAAGCCCAUAUCAAAAUAUGAGACUUUUGGAUUUAAGGUCGCAGUGAUUGCCUCUAUUGUGAGCUGUGCCGUCAUUCUGCUGAUGUCCAUGGCUUUUUUAACUUGUUGUCUUAUCAAGUGUGUGAAGAAAAGUGAAAGGAGGAGGACUCAAAGAGAUAUGCAGCUGUGGUAUCAGCUCAGAACUGAAGAACUAGAGCACAUGCAAGCUGCUUACUUUGGUUUGAAGGGAAGAAACAAUAACAACAACAAUAAGAAACUCAGGAAUAAAUCCGUAUUUGAUGAUGUGACUAACACGGCAUAUGAUAACCAAGGCUUCUACAGGUUCCAGGAGGAGUGGACUCGGGACAUCGUAGCUCCUCGGUGUUGCAAAGACAACGAUCAUCUGCCUAAGUUAGCCAAGAGCAGUAGUGCGCCUGUGAAACAAGCUGUACCAGGACACAACACUGCGGUACAGACAGUGGAUUCAAUACAUGUCGUUGAAGUCUAUGGACAUAAGGAUAGUUAUAACAAACCGAGCUGUCAGAUACCUGGAUAGCUGGUGUCUGAAAUACAAUUGCUCCUCUGGACCAAAAUGAAAUUUGGAUAGAAAUAUGUGCCUUAAAGACAACAUAGAAAGUUAAUUAUUCAUAUGAAUUUGAAAGUUUUCUAUAUUCCAAGAUAGUUAUUUAACAGAAAUGCUUCAAGGUCUGAUACAAAUAUAAAAAAAUGAGUGUUGAGGCUGGCAGUCCAUAGCCAUUCUCUACGGUGUGCUGUGUAUUGUGACCAUGGCAAAAGCAUAAUAUUGUUCUUCUGUACAUUUAGAGAGGAAUGGUAGCCAGUUUGUGUAUUUGCCUCAUACAAAAUCACUGAUGAUAAUUACACAUUAGUAAGAUCGCAACCUUCUUUUAACCAGUGUUUUUGGUAAGCAUUUCAGAAUGAAAAAUCCCCCAUAUUUUUACACAGUAGUAUGAUAGAACUACAAUA